GCAGAAGGAGAGCUGCACUCGCUUCCGUGUUUGUGUGAUCAGGGAGUGCACAGCCGGGGGAGCUUCACUGUUUCAUUCAUUUGCGAAGAGUAACGUAAAGCAAGUGACCAGCAGGGACAAUGCCGUAUGAACUGAAGCAUGUAUUCGCCAGUCUCCCGCAGAUGGAGAGGGGUGCUGCAAAAGUGAUCGGUGGCGAUCCCAAAGGCAAGAACUUCCUGUAUACCAACGGGAAGAGUGUCAUCAUCAGGAACAUUGAGAACCCGGCUAUAGCAGACAUUUACACCGAACAUGCCCAAAAUGCUGUUGUUGCCAAGUAUUGCCCCAGCGGAUUCUACAUUGCAUCUGGAGAUGUGACAGGAAAGAUCCGUAUCUGGGACACCACCCAGAAGGAGCACCUUCUCAAGUACGAGUACACCCCUCUUUCAGGCAAGAUCAAGGACAUUGCAUGGACUUUCGAUAACCAGAGAAUUGCUGUUGUUGGGGAAGGACGAGAGAAGUUUGCAUCAGUGUUCUUGUGGGACAGUGGCUCCUCUGUGGGGGACCUGUUCGGCCACUCCAAAUUAGUCAACAGUGUAGACAUAAAGCCGAGCCGCCCUUUCCGCCUCGUCACUGCCAGUGAUGACACCACUGCGUCCUUCUACGAGGGGCCCCCAUUCACGUUCAAGUUCACUAUAAGAGACCACAGCCAGUUUGUCAACUGUGUUCGUUUCGCUCCAGAUGGAAGUAAAUUUGUCACAGCUUCCGCUGCCGGCAAGAUGUUCGUCUUUGAUGGAAAAACUGGUGAAAAACUUGGCUCAUUGGGUGGAGAGAAGAGCCACAAUGGGGGAAUCUAUGCUAUCAGCUGGAGCCCUGACAGCACCCAACUGAUCUCUGCCUCAGGGGACAAGACGGUGAAACUCUGGGAUGUUGGUGCAGGCACGGCCGUCACCACCUUCAACAUGGGCUCUGAGGUGACGGACCAGCAGCUGGGCUGCCUGUGGCAGAAUAACCACCUCCUCUCCAUCUCCUUGUCAGGAUACAUCAACUACCUGGACAAGAACAACCCUGACCGGCCUAUUCGCACCAUCAAGGGUCACAGCAAAUCCAUCCAGUGUGUGACAGUUCACAAAAAGGACGGCCGACCAUACAUCUACUCGGGGAGUCAUGAUGGACAUAUCAAUAUCUGGGAUGCAGAAACUGGUGAGAACGACUGUUUCUCCGGUAAGGGCCACACCAACCAGGUGAGCAAGAUGAUGGUGGAUGAAGCCGACCAGCUGGUGUCGUGCAGCAUGGACGAUACGCUGCGCUACACCAACAUCAGCAAGUCAGAGCACAGUGCCUGUGAUGUGGCGAAGAUGGAUUUCCAGCCCAAAACUGUUUCUGUAGCAGCAGGAGGGCUGUCAAUGGCUGUGUGCAUUGGGCAGAUUGUCCUGCUGAAGGACAAGAAGAAAGUCUUUGCAUUGGACAAUCUGGACUAUGAGGCAACGGUUGCAUCUCUCCACCCUGGGGGCACCACUGCUGCAGUGGGAGGAGCAGAUGGGAAAGUCCACCUGUACUCCAUUCAGGGCAACACUUUGAAGGACGAUGGCAGAACUCUCGAGGUUAAAGGGCCUGUCACAGACAUGGCUUACUCUAAUGAUGGAGCCCAUCUGGCUGUGCUCGACGAAAUGAAAGUUGCCACAGUUUUUAAUGUGGCUGACGACUACUCGGGCACAAAACAUUUUUACGGACACCACGCCAAACCAGUAACUUUGGCCUGGGCACCUGACAAUGAGCACUUUGCUACUGGUGGUAUGGACAUGAUGGUUUAUGUCUGGACAGUUCUUGAUGAGGAUAAGAAGAUCAAGAUCCCAGACUGUCACCGGUUGCACCACGUUAGUGGCCUGGCCUGGGUAGAUGAGCACACUCUAGUGACCACGUCCCCCGACGCCAGCAUCAAGCAGUGGACUAUUACAUACUGAGCUGCAAGCAGACCUACAUCCACAUCUCCAGGGACAAGGACUACUGUAAAAUCCUAUCUUUACUUUCUUUUCUUUUUCUUUUUUUUUUUUUUUUUUUUUACUGUAUUUCAUUAUCUACACGGUGUUCUAUGCGGUCUGUAAACAUCUGAAGUGUAAAUGGUUCUGGCUGGGGAAAACUGAGAUAAAAAUGAUCAAAGAUACGUCUCUGAAAUGCGAAUAACCUACAGAGAGACAAACUGCAGAAAUCAACAAUGUAACAUGAGUGCUUUUACAUCUCUUUUGAGCUUUAUGGACCCACAAUAAUAUUUGUAAGCUCAACAUUCCAUAGGUAAUAGCUUUCUCUCAGAUUAAAGUGAAACCUUGUCUGUGGUUAGGCUCAAUGCAUCCUAACUGAACGUUUUUGUUUUCUUAAACCAACAAAAUCGUGUUUGAAAGAAAUGAAACCAUCUGGUUACAUUCCUGAAAUGAUAAGUAAAUGAAGAUCACUGCAGUUAAAACUGUCACUUUUAAUUUUCAAGGUUUAAAGGCGCUGGGUGUUUUUGCUUUGUCUUUCAUACUUUUUAUGUUUUACAACUCCUCCUGUUGGACUGGGGAGCAAUAAUAGGAACUGAAACAACAAAGUUUGUAUACAAUCAAGAUGCUGUUUGUUCAGUCGAAGGUCCCGUAUUGUUGCUGUGUGUUUGUUUGGGCCCACUAUGCUUGUCACACUUGUUUUUUUCCCAUGUCUUUAUGCAUUUGCUUCCAAGAUGGAGGUGAUUCAUUAAUAAUAAUAAUAAAAAAAAACUUUUUAUGCA